GUGCAGUGACAUGUACUGCAUAAGGUCAUGCAAGUGAAGCAAUUAUGCUGUAGGCAGGAGUAAUUAUGUAUUAGAUAGGCAGGUUUAUGUAGAUUUCAGUGUGUGAAUUCUCUCACAUUUUAAACCUUGGUCACCUUGAUUUGUGGAAAAUCUCUGCUUUGCGUCUCAGGGAUACAUCAAAGGGUUUCUAAACCCUUUGUCCAUUUUUAGAGAGUUCAGAAAGUUGGAAACAAAAACAAUGAAUUGAUUUACAAUUUAGAAGCCUUUGCAGAAUAAUUAAUUUAUUUGAGAUGGUGCCCAGGCAUUCAAAGAGGAGAAGAAAUUAAGCAGAUCCCAGCAGGAAGGAGCGGAUGCAGCCAAGGUUAAGACAGAAUCUGCUGCAGCCAUGCCAUCAGGGCCUGUUGCAGAGACGUUCCGAGUUAUUCAAGGGGCAGUGACUGAAGAGUACGUGAGAAGUACUCAGGGCAUCUUUCAGUUUGAGCUAUCUGGUGACGGUGGAGGCACUUGGUACAUCGACCUGAAGACCAAGGGUGGGAGCGCUGGCUUUGGAAAGCCUCCUGUGACAGCCGAUGUGGUUAUGAGCAUGUCGAGUGCCGACUUUGUAAAGAUGUUCACAGAAAAGGAGAUCCUUCCAAAGACACAACAUAGGAGACUCUGUUGUCAGCCUGCUACAGGUGGGCAACUGCAUGAAAGGCUGGAAAUAGCCCCAGGAUUUCUGUGGUAGGGC